UUCCGGUGUCCCUCCCUUCCUCCCUCCCCCCCCCCCUGCAGACAUGGCUGCCAUCGUCGCUGCCCCGGGUCCCGGUGCUCCCCUGCCCCCGGACGAAUUGCUUCCGAAAGGCGAUGCGGAGAAGACGGAGGAGGAGCUGGAAGAGGAUGACGACGACGAGCCAGACGAGACCCUGUCGGAGAGACUCUGGGGUCUGACGGAGAUGUUUCCGGAGAGGAUCCGGUCCGCGGCCGGAGCCACUUUUGAUCUCUCCCUCUUUGUGGCUCAAAAAAUGUACAGGUUUUCCAGGGCAGCCUUGUGGAUCGGGACAACGUCCUUCAUGAUCCUGGUUCUUCCUGUUGUCUUUGAGACUGAGAAGUUGCAAAUGGAGCAACAGCAGCAACUGCAGCAGCGGCAGAUACUCCUAGGGCCUAACACAGGGCUGUCAGGAGGAAUGCCAGGGGCUCUACCUUCACUUCCUGGAAAGAUCUAGAUUGUUACUGCUCUAUUUGACCUGUCUUGGUGGGAGAAGUUUGAAAAUUCAAUACUGUUUGAACUGAUUUUUUUCUUAUUCUUUUUGGCACAAAAAAUAAAUCUGGUUGGGAAAAUGUCCCGUUCGUUGUCUCAUGGAGACUCCCAACUUGCAGCUGUGCCCUCCAAGCUUUCCUGGCUGACUUCUCUCCUCACUCUGACAACAGAGUGCAUCGAUGCAGAUGGUCACUCCAACUCCGGCCAUCCCCUCACUAAAUCACUCCUCACCAGAAGGUCUCCUCAGUGUCUGCUUGUGGAGCAGGAGCUGAUGCCACUGGAAAGGAUGUACCCCUGACCAUUAACGACGGUUUUGUUUUGACAUGCACUAGAUGAAAUACAAAAUGCAUUACAGCUGUAGUGUGAAAGCAGCCACUGUGAAUUUGUAUGUUGGAAACGAGGGAGGGCCAGCAGCAGUUUUAACCACAGGAUGGGUACUGUGGAGGGCAGAGCAGGAGCUCAUGUCCUGUGCAUUUUGGCCAUUAGACCUGUGUGUCUAAAAGAAAAAAAAGUCAGUGCUCACUUUUGUAAUUAAAUAUUUAAAAUGAUUCCA